CUAAAAUGAAGAUAAAUUUUGAUCGUUGGACUUUUUUGAAACUCGUAGAAUUGGUUUUAGCUGUUGCCUGUCUUGUUUACAAACGUAUUACAGAUGACGAAGCCUCCAGGUUGUUUCUAUACCUUCAAAGGCUUUCAAGGCAGUGGAGCCUCCUUAACAAUGUUACUUGGGACAGAGUAGGCGCAGCUGUAGCAGAUGCUACUUAUGGAGGUUAUGUUAUAAUAACGGCUGCUUUAUUUUUUGGAAGACUGUUCAGUGAAAUCCCGACACAUAGAAGGAUUAUAGAAUAUUUGCUGUUGGGAGUUGGAGCUAUUCUUUUUAUAAUAAUGGGUAGUUUGGAGUAUGCAGCUUUGGACCAAGUUCCUCCAGAUUUAGUAGACAAUGCAGCAGUCAUUGGAACACUUACUUUGGUGGAAGGACUUUUAUUCCUUCUUGAUCUUGGAGGACCUAAAGCUGUCAAACCUCCCAAACCAUCGAAAACCACUCAAAAAAUAGUAGUGAAAGAAUUGGAACCCAAAAAUAUAACCCAAAGAGUUCUAGAGAUCGAACAAGAAAUAGAAAAAACUGAGAAGGAUUUCAAGACAAAAAAUGGAGAUCCACAAUUUGAGACUGUUGUAGAAAAGCCAAAAAAAUCAAAGGCCAAACAGGAGAGUCAAUUUGAGUUAAGGGGUAAUGAUAAUGGUAAUGGUGUUUUAAAAGGUCAAAUGAAAGAUUAUGCUGCUAAACGAAUUGAAGAAGGUUAUAGAAGAAUGUCUGGUGAACCACCCAAAAAAUAUGGCAUCUAUGGAAAAGACGCCACUGACUCAGGAGGGGACAGUGGUACUGACGAAGUAGACCAUAUUCCUCCAAGGAUGGAAACUCAUUCACCAGUCUGGAGCCAGAUUAGAAAGGGUGAAUAUGGUAAAUAUGAUAUAGUUCAGACCCCAUACCUCUACUCAAAAGGUAAAAGACAGGAAGAGCGCCCUCCUAGUACUCCUGGAGAUCCUGGAUAUGUCCAGUAUUUGGCACAACACUGGGGAAGCAAAUCUGGACAGAAAACACCUAGGCAUAGCCCAACUGAAGUCUAAAAUACUUUAAUUUUAAUUUAAUAAUAUUAAGUGUUCAUUAUUUUUAUUGUGUUUAAUAAAG